UUGAAUCGUCCAUGGAGUAGGUUCGAUAAUCAAGAAUGCCUUUCCAGCCGAGACGAAUAUCCUCGGUCAGCUUCAAAUCUUCUAUCUCGGCCACAGUGAAGAUAUCAGUAUGCCGGCAAUGAACGGAACGUUUGGGUGCUUACGUUUCGAUAUAAAUACUCGGAUUCCGAGGCAUUUUCAUAUGAAGGUAGCCACAGAUGCAAAAAGUCGACGAUAUGUUGUCGAGAAUAUCCUCGUGCUAAAUGGAGUCGCAAUCGUUGAGCUUAGUGGUGAGAUUUAUGUUGAACCACCAAAGACUCUAGUUAGCAUUGGGGGUGGCAUGCCACACACUUGGACUGCCUGCCUAGCUCGGAUCUGCAAGAACUUGGUAUAUCGCCCGACGAGCAAUCGUGUCAGAUGGUCAAUUUCUGGCAUUUUCCUUCCAAUCAGACAAUCCCAAUUGUUAAUGCACGAAGAGGAUUAUGAGGACUGUGAUGAUCUGCACAGUGUAAGGAUUCCUAAAUAUAAGAUUGAUGAUUCAAUCAUGAAUGCAUGGUUUGUCUGGGGAAAAUGUGAUCGGAAAUCGUGCGAUAUAAGAUCUUAG